GGGUCGGACAACUUUAGUCGCAGAAGACACUCGCAAAGACACAGUGCGUUGACGAUACACACAAACGCAAAAGAGGUUCGCCGGAAAAUAUUUCUCCGGGACUCCGACGACGGUGUUUGAGGUUUUUCUCGAACACGAAACUGAGGCCAGAAAAGGACGAACUUGGGUGGUGGGUAGGAUCUGGCGGUGUAUGAUGGGAUCUUGCAUAUGCCCAUUGGAGACUCCGGCGAGGUUGCUUUGGACCACGAGCUUCUUCCGUCAUAAGCUUAUGAUCUUCUAAUAAUUCCCACACAAAAGCAAAAAUCUCAGCAAAAACAACAACAACAGCAACCCUUCUAAAUUUUCAAACAAGAUUCUAGUAAAACAGAGUAAACCGCAAAAAACAACCACAAACACACAAAAAAACACUUUUUUAAGUACUAAUCUCUUUCUCUCGCUGGAAAGUGUCUCCGGCGGUGGUGAGUGAUCGAAGUGCCAUGGAGUCUGGACGGCUUUUCUUUGAUGCCUGUGCUUCUCGCGGGAACACCAACAUGCUCUUCCUCGGCAACACUGAACUCGCUUUCCGAGCAGGGAGAUCGAUGAUGAGCUUGGAGGAAGCCUCAAAGAGGCGACCUUUUUUCACCUCACCGGAUGAACUGUAUGACGAGGAGUAUUAUGAGAAGCAGAUGCCGGAGAAGAAGCAUCGCCUCAGUUCUGAACAGGUCCAUCUGUUGGAGAAGAGCUUUGAGGAAGAGAACAAACUGGAGCCUGAGAGGAAGACCCAGUUGGCCAAGAAGCUGGGAUUGCAACCAAGGCAGGUAGCUGUGUGGUUUCAGAACCGCAGGGCUCGAUGGAAGACCAAACAGCUCGAAAGGGAUUUUGAUGUUCUCAAGUCUUCAUACGAUACCCUUCUUUCAUCCUAUGAUUCACUCAUGAAGGAGAAUGAGAAACUGAAAUCUGAGGUGGUAUCCUUAAAUGAGAAGCUUCAAGUUCAAGCUAAAGAGGUGCCUGAGGAAGCAUUGUAUGACAAGAAAGUUGAUCCACUUCCGGUAGAAGAUAUAGCUUCAAUUUUCAGCACAAGGGUAGAGGACCACCAGAGCAGUGGGUCUGUUGGAAGUGCAGUGGUGGAUGAGGGUAGUCCACAGCUGGUGGUUGACAGUGUUGAUUCACACUUUCCGGCUGAGAACCCUGGUGGAUGUGUGGGCCCAGUUGAAAGAGUUCAGUCGGAGGAGGAGGAUGGAAGUGAUGAUGGGAGGAGUUACAUGGAUGUGUUUGUGGUAUCUGAAACUGAGAACCAAAACCAUGAGGAAGGAGAGGGAUUGGUUUGGUGGACCAAUAUGUAUUAUGUUGGAUAAAUGAUAAUGCAGCAGCAGACAUGAAAUUAGAGGCAUAAUUAAGAGAAGGUAAUGAUAAUAAUAUUGAAUAAUUAGAUGUAUGGUGUGGGCAAGGAGAAAAAUGUAAACGCCCGGGUGGCUUGGACGACCCCUAGGAGUUGGAGUGUCCUUUUGCCAAGUUUAAUAAAUAAAGUCUAGUAGUAGUAAUUUCGUCAAAUAAUGUCAAGUGUGGGUUAAUGCUUGUACUUCUUCCAAAACUACAGUAAGAUUAUUUAAUGUUUAAGUAUAAAAACACAGUUAA